AUAAUUUUUGUAUACGACGCAUCAUUUUCAGUUUUGAUUGCCCCACUCUUAGAACUGUUAUUGCAAGAGAUUCAUCCACAAACCGCGAAUCCUCCCAAUUAAUCAGCAUGGACUAUCGCUUCCGCUGGGUGCGGGACCACCUGUGCCGGUUCCUGGGCGUGUAUGAGCCACGCUACAUCGAAACGGUGCUGAACGAGUUCUACGACGAGCUGGUCGCCUUUUUCGACGAUGAGAUCACCGACCACCGGGAUGACCAGAAGAGGAUUUUUUUCGCCUACAGGACUUUCUACGAUAAGCUGGUGGAGGAAACCGUGGUGGCUAUGGAACCAGUUGCGGCACCGACGGCCGCGGAACCGGAUUCGGGCCAUAAGGAGAAGAAGGGCAAGAAGACUAAAACCGCGGCCAAAAAACCUAAGGAUGCAAAAGAGGAUGAACCACCGCCGGAUGCAAAAGCGGAUCAGGAUGCCGCUGGAGAUACCCUCGAGGCAACACGUUCUGGCCUCGCCGAGGAUGCGGAUGAUGCUGGAAAGAAGACCAAACCCAAGGCCAAGAAGGCAAAGAAAGCAGAUGCUGACCAGGACCACGGACCGGAGACUGCGCUGGGAGCCGGAGCUUCCGGCGAUAAUGAGCUCGUUGAAGUUACCAAAAUUGUUUCGACCUCCAUAAAGACGCCCAUCGUGCACGUUUGCUUUGGAUACAUACCGGAAGACAAGCUGGAUCCCAGCCUGCGCUACGUGUACGUCAUCAGGAGGUUCAGUGCACCGAUUGAUUACUUCAACAGUUAUGAGGAGUGCUGCUCCGAAAUGCCGUACUACACUCUCAUGGGUUGCAUCCGUGGCACCAUGGUUGAUAACGCAAAAACCUUGCUGGAGCAAAUCUACAAGCCGGCCGUUCAGUAUCAGUUCCGAGAACCGAACGUGGAACGUGCCAAACUGGAGAAGCCCGAAGUGGAAGAAGAUUCAUCGCGGGCAGGCAGCCGAGCCAGUGUCGCACUCAUCGACUACUCGAAACCGUCGGACUUCCGGAUGAAAGCCAUCCAAGCUCGCAGUGCCGGCCAUCGCGCUAUGGGCGAGGAAUCUAACCUGGAGCUCAGCAGUGGUCAAUCGCUCAGCGAAACUCCCAGCAGCGAGUCGAACCUGAAGGCAUCGGAAGCGACGCUGGAAAGCGAAGCAACCGUUAAGGAAACUGCGUCGGAAAAGUGGAACCACCUGCUGGAGGCUGCCGACGCGAAAAUCGAGGCCGAAAAAGAGCGACUGCGGAACGCACCCGUCAAACAAGGCCCGAUAAAGAGCAAUCUCAAUUUAAAUUUGGAUCAGUUCAUUGGCGUCAUGGAUUGGACGAUUGAACACAUUCACUACGACUUCGCCAUGCCAACGCAGUACAACGCUCCAGGGCAGGAAUCCAUCACCACGGACGAGGAUAAGUUCAAAAUCAAGGUCGAUAUCGGCAAGACGGCAGUCAGUGAACUGACCACGCUGCAGCAGGAGGAAAUUGUCGAAGGUUGGUCCAUCUACAUUCGGAAAGUGCUUCGCGAAUCAAUGGAACGGGAACCGGAAGAAAGCACACCGAUGGCCGAAUACAAUCUGUGGUUGGCACGGGAACUGGAUUACAACUCUAUUAUUGAGCAAUUGAAAUCGCCAUUCGUUAUCCAGGUGUUUGAUGCACUGAAGGACAACGAAAGCACUAUCAUGAAGGCAUGGCCGGUACUGUACACAAACCUAAAGGAGGCCCUAACUUUGGCCCGGGACAACGUUGAACAUUUGGCCAUGCUACAAAACUACCUGCUGAAAAUCAAAAACGAGGAAGACUUCAGCUUCAUCCUAUCCAUUAUCCCGAACGUAACCAUCAUACUGCGGCACAUUUGGACCAUGUCGAACUACUACAGCAAGGACCGGAACAUGCUAAACCUGCUCGGCCAGAUAUCCUACGUGUUUGCGGAGAAAGUUAAAAUACUAAUUAAUGUUGAUACCAUUUUCAAGCAUUCGCCCAGCUACAUCUUCCGCACGGCGUCCAACUGUGCCGAAAUGCUGCGCGCCUGGAAGCGUUCCUACAUGGAAACGCGUGCCCUGAUCGAGAAAACCGGCAUCGGUUCCCGCUGGGAAUUUGACCGAAACGUGCUGUUCCGGAACGUUGAUCACAUGACUCGAAUCAGCCAGGACACGGCCAACAUUGCCAAGGUCUUCAUCGAGUUCGAAAAUAUGUUUGACCACAAUCUGAAGACGAUGAUCAGCGCACCGGAGGAGGUGGAUAACAUAUUGACAAAGGUUUAUCGUCUCAUCAAUCACAUCAUUUCGGUGGACUACGACAUCUUCGUGCCGAGCAACCUGGCCAAUUGGGAGGCCACCCUCGAGUACUUCUACAAGGGCGUCGAGCAGGUGGAGCACGAGGCACGGAUCGCACUGGACCAUUGCAUCGCGUCUCUCAGGUCGGCCAACUUGGGCCUCGAGUUGAUCAAGAGCCUGGACAAGAUGGAGACCCGGCCGUCGUUGGCGCACCAUUUGUCAUCCAAGUACGAAAACAUUAUGAAACAAUUCCUCGCGGAAGUCGGCAUGGUUGAACACGAGUUUAUGAGAAACAAAAGCAAUCCGCCCCUGCAGCGGAACCAACCGUGCCACGUCGGAGCGGUAUUCUGGGCCCGGUCGCUGCUUUCCUUCAUCCGGAAAUCCAUGACAGCGUUCAAAGAGUACGAAGGAUCGCCCAAAACUGCACUGGGAGCAGUCGAGGGGGGAGCCGACGGUAAGGCGCUGGUACACAUCGGAGGUGGCGGUGACAUGUCUACGGCCGAAGAGGAAACCCUCCAGAAGCGUGCCACCUUUAGGCAGUAUCUGAUGCUGGUGAAGAGCAUCCGCGAUUAUGAGAAGGACAACUUUCAACAGUAUCUGUCUCACGCGACCGGGACCGUGAACUCAGUGCUACGGCGGAACAUUCUCAAGCUUGAAUUUUGCGAGCCGAUUUUCGAAUUGGAGGAGGACAAGCGGCUGGCUCGGGCUAAGAAGGAGACAACCUCGCGGCGCCCAUCGGCACUGAUGUCUGCCGGCGAGAAGGGCAAAUAUUCCAACAUUGCCACAGCCGUUCGCUGGAUCGUUAAUCGACCGGAUUCGCAGAACCCUGAAUUGACGCUGGCGCAAAAACUGGUACGAGCGUCAAGGAACACUCCUUCGCAGGGAGCUUCGUCAUCUUCGGGAACUGGCAUACUUACUCCGGCAGCAAAUUUCAAGAUGAAGCAAGCGCAAUUGAUGGUGUCAGCAGUUACCCAGAAGAAGCUACCGACAUGGCGCGAAGUGAUUGGAGACUCGGUGCUCAUUGAAUACAAGCUGAAGUUCGCAGUAAAUUUCUCCUACGAUGUAUUCGACGUCAUCAGCGAAGGUCAGCAGUUCGAGCAUCUGGGAUUCUCGCUCAGCCCGGUCGUUAGGACGGCCAUUAUGCGAAAGGAGCAACUAUUUACCGAUGUGGAGCACGUUACCAAAAUGGUGAACGAUUAUAACGAUCUGGUACUCGGACUGGCAGCUCCGGAGAUCCAUUUCCUCCGAGGUCACCUAUACGAAGUGGAAACAAUUAUUCAAGCCGGAUUAGGACGAUUCACGUGGCAGUCUUUUAACAUCACUGUGUACUGCGAACGAUGUCAGCAGUUCAUGAAAAGUUUAUCGUCCAUGGUAUCCCAAAUUGGCCACAUCAGUAGCGCUAUAAAAUCACAAAUCGAUAAGCUGGAAUCAUUUACGAUGUUCGAGAUGGAGGUACCGCUCGACCGGGCCAAGGAGAAGCGCACUGCCGCGGCGGAAAUAGUGCUGAAAGCACCGAGCCAGCCGAAAGAGUCGGCCCACCCGCACCAUCAUCAUCACCAUCACCGGCACUCGUCCCAUCAGCAUUCGCAACAAGCAACGGCGGGGCCAUCUGCCGUUGUUGGUGCAAGUCAAGCGGAAGACAACAGCGCCGGCGAACAACAGACGAAACCACCGGCGAAGAAACCGAAACGCGUCUCCAUUCGGGACGGGCCGCCGGACGACGGGGUGCGACCGUGCCGGGAUUACUUCCAGGCCCUGGAGUUGGAGCGGAACGCGAAAACAACCAAGCUGGCGAAACUUUACGACUCAAUAGGACCCAUACUGAUUAAAUUAGAAAGUUUGGUUCUCGGAACGUUUACGGGCGAGUGCCGGCAGAUGAAGUACUAUUACAAUUACUGGGAGAAGCAGGUUUUUGCUUGUUUUACCAGAUUCACCACGCGCAAUCUGGACAAGUUCAUGUUUGAUCUGCAGCAGGACCGCCCGCUGUUCGAGGUGGAUGCCAUUUUGGAGGUGCCGGAGAUCCAGAUGAAGCCAACCGCAGAGGAGGUGUAUGGGAUCGCGAUUCAGUCCGUUACGGACUUUUUGCAGAGGCUCAAGUGUUUCCGCCGGUGGAUGACUGAAACCUGCCUGCCCUGUCCGGACACCAAAUGCAACAACGAAACAUUCGUCUUUACCUUCUUCGAAGAUAUUGUCCAGAUUCCGAAAGUUUGUGAACUUGUUAUAAACUUGCAACAAACUAUCCAAAAUUCAGUGGCCGACGUUCUGGCGUAUUUGAAAUGCUGGCAAAAGUACAAAAAUCUCUGGAUGUACGAGAAGAUGAGUGUGUGCGAGAAGUUCCUGUCGAAGAAUUUGCCGCUGGUGCGGUUGGACGAGAAGUUCAUCUUCUACACGCAGAUCGUGAACGACCUGGAGCGGCACCGUCCCUAUCACGACAUCAAAUCGAUUCGGAUUAAUUUGCAGCCGUUAAUUAAGAGCGUUAUCGAUCAUGCCGUCGAGUGGCGCAACACCCUCGGGAACAUACUGGCCAACCGGACCCGGGUGCAGAUGGUGGAACUGGCCGAGCACAUGGAGGGUUUGCGAAAGGAACUGGACCGGAACGUGAAGGAGCUUCCACAUUUCAAAAGUGUCAUGCAAACGAUUAAUACCAUCCAGACGACGACGCUGACGGUGGAGCUGAGGAUCGACGAGAUGCAGGAAAUCUACGACAUUCUCCAGGAGCACCGGAUUAAAUUCCCCGUCAGCGACAUGGUGAUGUCGUACCACUUGGAGAAACGUUGGCGAAAAUUAUUCAAUUCAGCACUCUACCGUGCAAACAUGCUGCAAUCAACGAAGACAAAGUUUGCCGAGAUGACACAGAACGAGAUCAGUAUAUUUUCCCUUGAAUUGAACGAGUUUGUUCAAAGAUACAAACGCGAGGGACCCGGCACGGUAGGACUAGAACUGGACCGAGGAGCGCAACUGAUGGAAUCGUACGGCAACGAGUUUGAAUCGUUGGAAAAGCAGCGGGUUGAAUUGGAGAACGCGGAAAAACUCUUCGACAUCCCAUUAACGGAUUACAAUGAGUUUUUGCAGUGCAAACACGAGUACGAAGAAAUGCAAGUGGUUUAUGACAUGUAUCUGAAGCAAAAAACUGCUCGCGAAAAGUGGUCCAAGACAUUGUGGGCCAAUCUGAACCCUCAAGCUCUGCUGGACGGAAUUGACGGCUUCAUGAAGGAGUACCGCAAAAUUCCCCGAUCGAUCCGUCAAACACCGAUCGGUCAAGCAUUGGACACCAAGAUGAAGCAGUUCAAAUCGUCCAUCCCGCUCAUGCUGAGCCUGAAGGAUGAGGCCCUUCGCGAGCGCCACUGGCAGCUGCUAAUGGACAAAACUGGUCAACACUUUGACAUGUCACCGGAAAUGUUCACCCUGGAGAACAUGUUCGCCAUGGAGUUGCACAAAUAUCAGGAUAUCGCCGAAGAAAUCAUAAACAAUGCCAUAAAGGAGCUGUCAAUCGAACGAGGCGUCCAAGAGGUAGCGGAAAUCUGGCAGCAAACUUCAUUCAACAUCCUGCCGUACGAAAGAGGUGGCGGCGGCGGCGAAGAACCACCCGAAAGGUUCGUUCUCGGCGCUGUGGACGAAAUAAUGCAGAUACUGGAGGAGAACUCGAUGAAUCUCCAAUCGAUGGCGGCAUCACAAUUUAUUGGCCCCUUCCUGCCGACGGUUCAACGGUGGGAAAAGCACUUGACGCUGAUCUCCGAAAUCAUCGACGAGUGGCUGAGUGUCCAGCGGAAGUGGCUCUACCUGGAGGGAAUAUUUAUUGGCGGCGAUAUAAGUGCCCAAUUACCGGAAGAGGCGGAAAAAUUUAACAACAUCGACGAGGAGUUUCAAGAGAUCAUGGCCAACAGUGCCGCAAAUCCGCUUGUGGUUGAUGUUUGCUUGGUUCCGGGUCGACUCGAUGACUUUCUGCGGCUCGGAGCGGACCUGGAUGGGUGUCAAAAGUCGCUCAACGAUUACUUGGAACACAAACGGAUGCUGUUUCCGAGGUUCUACUUCAUCUCGACGGAAGAGCUGCUAUCUAUUCUCGGAAGCAGCGAACCCACGUGCGUACAGGAACACAUCAUUAAGAUGUUCGACAACAUAAAAUCUUUACGAUUCGCCAAAGAUCAUUCCGAUACGCCGAUUGUCACCGCCAUGAUAUCGGCCGAAGGCGAAAUUAUGGAAUUCCAGCAGCAUGUUACGGUGAAGGAGCGCGUCGAAAGCUGGAUGACCGAUGUCCUGGCAGAAAUGCGCGCCACCAAUCGAUUCGUCAGCAAGAAGGCUAUCUUCGACUAUGGCAAGGAACGGGAACGGCCAAGACCGGAUUGGAUUAUGCUGUAUCAAGGAAUGGUUUGCUUGGCCGCAAACCAGGUCUGGUGGACCGCCGAAGUCGAAGAAGUUUUUGCCAAGGUCAAAAAAGGUAAUAAGCGUGCCAUGAAGGAAUAUUUGGAAGCACAGAAUCGUCAACUCGAUGAUCUCGUUGUGAAAGUAAGAGCCGACCUGUCGCCAAAUGACAGGCUCAAAUUCAAAACCAUUGCCACAAUCGAUGUCCAUGCAAGAGACAUUAUUGAGGGAUUCGUUCGGGACAGCAUUUUGGACGCCCAAGAGUUCGGAUGGGAGAGUCAACUGAGAUUCUACUGGCUUCGAGAAAUGGACAAUUUGUUCGUGGUCCAGUGCACAGGGAAAUUCGAUUACGGCUACGAGUACAUGGGCCUGAAUGGGCGUCUUGUGAUUACACCGCUCACGGAUCGAAUCUACUUAACGAUAACGCAAGCCUUGACGAUGAAGCUGGGUGCCGCACCAGCGGGUCCCGCCGGUACAGGUAAAACGGAAACCACCAAGGAUUUGGCUAAAGCGAUGGCUCUGCUCUGCGUGGUCACCAAUUGUGGCGAGGGGAUGGAUUUUCGCGCCGUCGGUACCGUGUUAUCAGGAUUGUCACAAUGCGGUGCUUGGGGUUGCUUCGACGAGUUCAAUCGAAUUGACAUCUCGGUACUUAGUGUUAUCUCGACUCAGCUACAAAUGAUCCGGACAGCUUUGGUUGCCAACCAGAAAACAUUUAUGUUCGAAGGUUAUGAGAUUAAUCUCGAUCCGAAAGUGGGCAUCUUCAUUACAAUGAACCCGGGCUACGCCGGACGUACCGAGCUCCCGGAAUCGGUCAAAGCCCUAUUCCGGCCGGUGACCUGCAUCAUGCCGGACCUGGAACUGAUCUGUCUGAUAUCGCUAUUUUCGGAUGGUUUCAUGAAGGCCAAAACGCUCGCAAAGAAGAUGACGGUCCUGUACAAACUGGCCAGGGAACAACUUUCCAAACAGUACCACUACGAUUGGGGUCUCCGAUCCUUGAACGCCGUGCUCCGCAUGGCCGGAGUAAACAAACGAAAAUCACCCGAAAUCUCGGAAACGGCCACCCUGAUGCGAACCCUGUUCGACAUGAACUUCCCCAAAUUUGUCUUCGAUGAUGUGCCGCUGUUUAUGGGACUGAUGAAGGAUCUAUUCCCAGGGGUGGAUUAUCCACGCGUCGGAUAUCCGGAGUUCACCGAAGAGGUUGAGAGAGUCCUCGAAGAUGAUGGUUACAUUAUUUUGCAGAAACAAGUGGAGAAAGUUAUACAAUUAUACGAAACAAUGAUGACACGUCACUCAACCAUGAUUGUCGGUCCAACAAGUGGCGGAAAAACGGUUGUAAUAAAUACAUUGAUAAAAGCGCAAACCAAUAUGGGCCUGCCGACGAAAUGCACCGUGUUGAACCCAAAGGCUUGCUCGGUGGUUGAACUGUAUGGCUAUCUGGACCCAAACACCCGCGAUUGGAUUGAUGGACUAUUCUCGAACAUAUUUCGCGAGAUGAAUCGACCCACGGAACGCGAUGAGCGUCGUUAUGUGUGUUUUGACGGAGAUGUUGAUGCCCUGUGGAUCGAAAACAUGAACUCGGUUAUGGAUGAUAACAAGCUUCUCACGUUGGCCAACGGGGAACGAAUUCGAUUGAACAGCUACUGUGCCCUGCUGUUCGAAGUGGGUGACCUGGCGUACGCUUCUCCGGCAACCGUUUCCCGUGCUGGAAUGGUUUAUCUGGAUCCGAAAAACCUCGGCUACCAGUGCUAUUGGGAUCGUUGGCUACGAGGGCGCUAUGAGCAGGAGAAGGAGAUGUUGGGUAAAAUGUUUGACAAAAUUGUUCCGAUAGCGAUCGAUUAUAUUCUAGAGGGAGUCGAUGGCAACAACCAGGAAAGUCCGCUCGACAUGGUGAUUCCCCAAACCAAUCUGAACAUGGUAACGCAGUUGUGCUACUUCUACGAUGCGAUGUUCCCGAAAACGAGCACCGUGUGCCCCUAUGACGAAUCGUGCGUAGAGUGUGGUUUUAUUCAGUGUCUGUACGCAUCGUUGGGUGCUGCCCUGCUGGAGGAAUCUCGACCUCGCUUCGAUGGCUUUAUUAAACGGAACUUGGAAAUGAUCAACUACGAAGACAGUCCGAAUGCUCCAGCUAAGGCCGGUCAGGUCCCAACGCUGAAACCGACUCUGUAUGAGUACUUCUUCGACAUGGAGAAGAAGGUUUGGCUUGCCUGGGAGUGGAUUGUGCCCAAUUACGUUCACGAUCGGGAGGUACCUUUUAGCGAGAUUCUGGUUCCGACGGUCGAUACUCUUCAGACGGAAUGGAUUUUGAAGGCGAUGAACGAUAUUCGUCAUCCGAUCCUUCUGGUGGGUGAAACUGGAACUUCUAAGACAGCAGUGAUUUCCAACUUUCUAAGAUUACUGAAUCGGGAUACAUUUAUUAUUUUGAACAUCAAUUUUUCAUCACGGACGUCCUCGAUGGAUGUGCAAAAAACAAUCGAAGCAGCGGUGGACAAGCGCACGAAAGAUAUCUUUGGUCCACCGGUGGGGAAAAAGUUGGUCGCCUUCAUCGACGAUAUGAAUAUGCCGCAGGUUGAUAGUUACGGCACGCAGCAACCAAUCGCAUUGUUGAAGUUGCUCUUCGAGCGGGAAGGCAUGUACGACCGGACGAAGGAUCUAAGCUGGAAGAAAUUCAAAGACAUGUCAUUCAUCGCUGCCAUGGGUCGAGCUGGCGGAGGCCGUAACGACGUCGAUCCUCGCUUCAUUUCGAUGUUCUCGGUUUGCAACAUUGUAUUCCCGAACGACGCCACAAUGCUGCACAUCUACAGCUCCAUUCUUCAAGGCCACCUGCAAACAUUCCCGGAAGAACUGCAAGCCAUAGCAGUGGUGGUUGUCCAAAUGACGCUCGAUUUGUUCAAAGUGCUCAUCACCAAGCUGCCCCCGACGCCGUCCAAGUUCCACUACAUCUUCAACCUCAAGGAUCUGUCCCGAAUAUUUGCCGGAAUGCUGCAGACCCAUCCAACGUACUACAAGGAGGUGCGCCAUCUGAUCCGGGUGUGGCGCAACGAGUUCAGUCGGGUGAUCUGCGAUCGGCUGAUCAACGCCCAGGAUCAGGAACUGAUGGCGCAGCACAUUGCCGAGGAGAUCGAUGCUAGGUUUCCACCCCCGAAGCCGGUUGGUCGCACCAAAACCAUCAUGGUCGAGUCGAUUCAGGAACUUCGGGUUGACUCAAAGGUGCAGGUUAACGAUCUUCCGACGGCGCAGUUUGCUCUGAGAAAUCCGCUGCUGUACGGUGACUAUCGCAAUGCGGUGAACGUGGGUGAGGUUAGGUAUUAUGAGGAUCUGUUGGACUAUGAGGCGAUCUAUUUCCUGUUCCAAGAGAUUCUGCUGGAAUAUAACGAACAGAAGUCGAGGAUGAGCUUAGUGCUGUUUGAGGAUUGUUUGGAGCACUUGACUCGCGUGCAUCGGGCGUUACGAAUGGAACGGGGCCACGUGAUGCUUGUUGGCGUGGGAGGGUCUGGUAAACAAAGCAUAGCUAAGCUGGCAGCUUUUGCCGCAGAAUGUGAAGUUUUCCAAAUAGUACUGAGCCGGGGAUACAAUGAAAGUUCGUUCCGCGAAGACUUGAAACUGCUGUUCACCAACGUUGGUGUAAAGGACAAGAAAACCUGCUUUAUUUUUAAAGCUGCCCAGAUAGCGGAAGAAGGAUUUUUAGAGUUCAUAAAUAAUAUUUUAACCACUGGAAUGGUGCCAGCUCUGUUUACCGACGAGGAGAAGGAUACGAUAAUUGGCCAGUGCCGUGGAGCCGCCCAGCAGCAAGGCUACGCUAUAUCCAAGGACGGCGUUUGGUCGUUCUUCCUUGCCAGGGCAGUGAAGAACCUGCACGUGGUCCUGUGCAUGUCUCCGGAGGGAGAUGCACUUCGCAAUCGUUGUCGCAAUUUCCCCGGACUGGUUGGCAGCACCACCAUCGAUUGGGUCUUCCCGUGGCCCGAACAAGCACUGCAUGCCGUUGCAAAGGUUUUCCUCGCAGAUCACGCCAAGAUUCCAGACAUUCACCGGGAUCCAAUUAUCUCGCACAUCGUUCAUGUUCAUCAAUCACUCAAGCAUUACACACAACAAUUUCUGCUGAAGUUACGCCGCAAGAAUUUCGUUACUCCGAAGCACUAUCUGGAUUUCAUCAACACAUACCUGAAGCUAAUUGAGGAGAAAGAUAAUUUCAUCAUGCAACAGUGCUCCCGAUUAUCGGAUGGAAUCGAGAAAAUUAAUGAAGCCUCACUUCAGAUCGAUCAGUUGAGCAUCGUCGUCGAGGAGCAGCGGAAAAACGUCGUCGAGGCGGCGAAACGGUGCGAACAGAUGCUCGUCGGAAUAGAAACAUCUACCGAGAAGGCCAAUUCCAAAAAGGCCGAAGCUUCGGAAAAGUCCGUCGAGGUUGAGCAGCAGAAGAAGAUUAUCACCGUCGAGAAGGCGGAAGCGGAGGAAGCCCUGGCGGCGGCUCUUCCAGCGCUGGAGAUUGCCCGGCUGGCGCUUUCCGAUUUGGACAAGUCCGACAUAACAGAGAUUCGAAGUUUUGCCACACCUCCGGAGGCGGUGCAGGUCGUGUGCGAAUGCGUGGCCAUCAUCAAAGGUUUUAAGGAAAUUUCCUGGAAAACGGCGAAGGGCAUGAUGUCUGAGGGUAACUUUUUGCAGAGCUUGCAAAGGCUGGACUGCGAUCAAAUCAGCCAGAAACAGGUCGCCAACGUUCGAGCGCAUAUGAAAAAAUCGCAAAAACUAGACGACAUGAAAUCCAUCUCCAAAGCUGGUUACGGUUUACUGAAGUUUGUCCGAGCCGUACUCGGCUAUUGCGAUGUGUUCCGAGAAGUGAAACCCAAGAAGGAGCGAGUAGCGUUCCUCGAAUCUGAGUUGGCAAGCCAGAUCAAACUGCUGAAUAAGUUGACCAAUGAAAUCAACAAACUGGAAUCCGAGUUGGAUGAACUAAACAAUCAAUAUGCGACGGCAAUCAGAGAGAAGCAGAUGCUUCAGGAAAUGAUGGAGCAAGCCGAACGUCGACUGAUCGCUGCAGGGAAGUUGAUCACUGGACUUAGUUCCGAGCGGGAUCGAUGGAAGAUAGAUUUGGCUAACCUUCAAGAGGAUAACACAAAAGUGGUUGGAACUUGUCUACUAUCGGCAUCCUUUCUGGCCUACACAGGUCCGUUUUCGUGGGACUUCAGAAACUCAAUAGUUUUCGAAGAUUGGCUUCCAGACGUGGAGGAACGAGAGAUUCCAUAUGGCAAGCCGUUUAACAUUCUCACUAGUCUGAGUGAUGACUUGGAAAUGACCACUUGGGCUUCGGAAGGUUUACCACCGGACGAACUCUCUGUGCAGAAUGGAAUUCUAACCACCAGGGCUUCUCGUUUCCCAUUGUGUAUUGAUCCACAACAGCAAGCGUUAAUGUGGAUCAUCAAACGUGAAUCUUCGAACAACUUAAAAAUACUGAACUUCAACGAUAGAGACUUCUUGAAGCAUUUGGAAAUGGCAAUUAAAUACGGUAACCCAGUACUAUUCCAAGACGUCGAUGACUACAUUGAUCCAGUCAUCGACAACAUCUUGGAAAAGAACAUCAAAACUCAAGCUGGGCGUCAAUUCGUCAUUCUCGGUGAUAAGGAGGUUGACGUAGAUAACAACUUCCGAAUGUACCUCACUACAAAAUUGGCCAAUCCAAACUUUGAUCCAGCCGUAUACGCCAAAUCAUUGAUUGUCAACUACACCGUUACGAAAAGUGGUUUGGAAGACCAACUGCUCAGUGUUGUGGUCCGUGCCGAAAGACCAGAUCUCGAGGAACGCCGUGAGAACCUUAUUGAGGAAACCAGCGCCAACAAGGUGCUGCUCAAAAACUUGGAAGAUUCGCUGCUCCGCGAGCUCGCAACGUCGACCGGCAACAUGCUGGACAACGUCGAACUGGUGAACACGCUCGAAAACACCAAAGAAAAAGCGGCUGACGUAUCCGAGAAGAUCAAACUUGCGGAGGAAACGUCAGUCGACAUCGAACAUCUGCGGAACGGAUAUCGUCUGGCGGCGCAACGCGGAGCGAUCCUGUACUUUGUCCUGUCGGAAAUGUCGGUCGUAAAUCCGAUGUAUCAAUACUCGCUGAGUUCGUACUUGAAAGUGUUCAUUUACUCGCUACGCAAAGCCGUCCCGGAUAAUAUCCUGGCGAAGAGGCUGAAAAACAUCAUCAUAACGUUGACCCGAAAAGUGUACGAAUACGGAUGCAUCGGGUUCUUCGAGAAGCACAAGCUGCUGUUCUCGUUCCAGAUGACGGUCAAACUGGAACAGAGUGAAGAACAUCUGAGUCAGGCCGAGGUGGACUUUUUCAUCAAGGGAAACAUCGCACUGGAAAAGUCCGAUCGCAUCUGUCCGGCCCGAUGGAUCAGUGAAAAAGGUUGGCAGGAUGUGCUACUCCUAGCGGAGCUGUUUCCGGAGAAGUUUGGGCAGCUGCCAGGUCAUGUGGAGCGUAAUAUCGCCGAGUGGACGAGUUGGUACGAUUUGGAUGACACCGAAGGAAUCGAUUACCCCGGAAAUUUCGCCGAGAAUAUGAAUGCAUACGACCACCUGAUGGUAAUGCGAUGCUUCCGCGUGGAUCGCGUGUAUCGACUUUUGAACAACUACGUCUCCACAAUCAUGGGCGAAGAGUUUAUCACACCUCCUAUGCUUAGUUUUGACUCCAUAUUUGAGCAAUCUUCCUCAAUGACUCCAGUUGUCUUCAUCUUAAGUCCCGGCUCUGAUCCAACUAAUGACUUAAUGAAGCUAGCCGACCGAUGCGGCUUUGGCGGAUCCAAAUUUAAGCACAUUUCCCUCGGCCAAGGCCAGGAGCAACGUGCUCUAGCUCUACUUCAGCUCGCCCUGGAACAAGGACUCUGGUUAAUGCUUCAAAAUGGGCACCUCCUGCUAAGCUUCAUCCGAACGUUGGAAAAACUACUCGACUCGGUGAAGAAGCCACAUCCGGAUUUCCGCCUGUGGAUAACGACCGAACCUACCGAUUCCUUCCCCAUUGGCAUACUGCAAAAGUCGCUGAAAGUCGUUACCGAGCCACCAAACGGACUGAAAAUGAAUCUCCGGGCAACCUUCUUCAAGCUUCGCCAGCAAACACUUGACGCGUGCACUCAUCCGGCGUUCAAGCCAUUAGCAUUCGUCUUAGCGUUCUUCCAUGCCGUUUUGCAGGAACGAAGAAAAUACGGAAAACUUGGCUGGAACAUAAGCUACGAUUUUAAUGAGUCCGACUUCAGCGUCUGUCUGCAGAUAAUGGAUACGUACCUAACGAAGGCACUCAGUCUCAACGAGACCCGGUUGCCGUGGAACAGUCUCAAGUACUUGAUUGGAGAGGUCAUGUACGGGGGACGCGUAAUCGAUGACUUCGAUCGGCGAGUCGUAAAAAUCUACAUGGACGAGUACAUGGGUGACUUCCUGUUCGAUACUUUCCAACCGUUCCAUUUCUACCAGGACGAAUCGGUUGAUUACAAAAUUUUCCCAGCGGAAACGCGAGAUGAGUUCAUCGCAUCCAUCGAGAAACUUCCGCUGACCAACACACCGGAAGUGUUUGGAUUGCACUCGAAUGCGGAGAUUGGUUAUUACACGAUUGCAGUCCGCGAAGCGUGGACCUAUCUGAUCGAUUUGCAACCCCAAACCAUAAAAGUUUGCACUAAGGAGCAAAUCAGUGCCGAGAGCGGUGGCGUUAGCCGGGACGAGUUCAUCGACAAAGUUGCCGUGGACAUACUGAAAAAGCUGCCGAAACAGUUCGAAAUCUGGCGCGUCAAAAAGCAGUACCAGAUCAACAUCACGCCGGUUUGCGUGGUGCUGCUCCAGGAGCUGGAACGCUUCAACCGGCUGCUCGGCCGCAUGGAGUGGACGCUGCAGCAGCUACGCAAAGCGCUGGCCGGCGAGAUCGGCAUGGACACCGUGCUGGACGGGAUUGCCAAUUCAUUAUUCAACGGACAGUUGCCGGACGAUUGGCGAAAUCUGGGUCCGGCCACCUGUAAACAACUUGGCGACUGGAUCGAACACUUGCUGAGGAGAAACAAGCAGUAUAAAUAUUGGUCAGUAUCUGGUGAGCCACUGGUGAUGUGGUUGUCGGGGCUCCACAUACCGGAAAGUUAUUUAACCGCAUUAGUUCAGGUCGCCUGCCGGAAGAACAACUGGCCUCUGGAUCGCUCCACGCUGUACACAGCAGUAACCAAGUAUCUCAAGGAAGACGAGAUCGAAGAACGACCCGAAGCGGGCUGCUACGUGACCGGUCUCUAUCUGGAGGGCGCCCGCUGGGAUCCGGCCAAUCGCUGUCUGGCACGUUCGACUCCGAAGGUGCUGGUGGAACCGUUGCCGGUGCUGUCCGUCGUGCCGAUUGAGGUGCACCGUCUCAAGCUGCAAAACACCUUCCGAACGCCGGUGUACACAACAUCCGAGAGACGCAACGCGAUGGGAGUCGGUCUCGUGUUCGAAGCUGAUCUGUUCACCGAAGAACAUUCAAGCCACUGGGUCCUGCAGAGCGUUUGUCUAAUUAUGAACACAGAUUGAGCUGUACUUGCGCGGAGAAACCGAGUGCCAUUUAUUGUUGAAGAUAUUUUAACGGAAAUAUUUUUUAAUGAAUAUUAAAGCUUUUAUCGCAUUA